GACAGCCGUUGUAAAUGUAAACUCAAGACGACAGUAAAUACCAAAGAGAAGCAGACGGUCCGUCAGCAAUGUAUCUGUCAGACAUAGCAGAGGAGGUGUUCGCGGUUUAAAAGCUUGCAGGGGGCUAUACAUGUCCAAACACGACGCCUCACCAACAUUAAAUGGUGAAACAUUGAAAUCCAGACAGUUUCACUCUUCCACCCAGGAGACUCUUCACCACCUUGGCACUUAACAUAUGUUUUUACAUGAAGAGGGGCGAGAAACCCGAGGGAUACAGACAAAUGCGACCCAACACCUUCCCUGUGAGCAACUACAGUGGCAAUAGUCAACAAAUGCUGCAGGAGAUCCGAGAGAGCUUGCGGAACCUCUCCCGGUCAUCAGAUGUUCCCAAAACCGACGUGAGCGUCGGGAAGGGACCGCCGGAUGAUCCCAGACAACAAGGGCGCAGCAACAACCCCAGGAACCCCCAUCAUCACAGAGCACUGCAGGAGAUCCGCAGGUCACUCAUGCCAUUUGCUAAUGAAACUACCUCCAGUGGAAACAGCGCAGAUAUCAACAGACACAUGCUGCAAGAGCUGCAGGAUGCUGGCUUUGAUGAGGAGAUGGUGGUUCGUGCUCUGAAGCAGACGAACAGUCAUAGCGUGGAGGCAGCCAUAGAGUACAUCAGUAGGAUGAACUUCCAGGAGCCUGCGAGGGAGCAGAUAACAGCACGCCCUGUCAACACGGCCAUAAAACAAGCAGGUCCAUCCCAAAUCCCACAGACACUGUUGCGGCGCCAAAGCUGGAAGGGUUCAAAGGAAUCUCUGGCCCCACAGCGGCACAGUGCUCUAAUGACUGAUGGCAUGAUUUACUGUCCCAGUAGCCCUGGACCUCAAAGCGACCUCUCACGGCCUACUACCUUUCCUCAAAAUCUUGCUGCUGGAGCUAGCAGUCAACGAGUGAACCCUCCCCUCCCACGGCAGGUGCGUAGCAUCACUCCUCCUCCCUCCUCAUGGGACUCCAAUCCCGCAACCAAGCGGUAUUCUGGGAACAUGGAUUACCUGGUGCCUCGGAUCUCUCCUGUGCCUCAGGGGCCCCGACCCGAUGGCUAUAUAAACCCUCCGUCUCAGGCACAGCGAGGGAUCAGUCCAGUGCCAGUGGGUCGGCAACCCAUCAUCAUGCAAAACUCCGGGGGCAACAAGUUCACCUUCCCUCCAUCCUGGCCUCAGAAUGGCAACAUACAAAGUGAGUAUGUGGGCAUUAAUAGCAGUGGCUGGCAGCCACCACCACCUCCGUAUCCCAUGCACCAGACUAGCAGACAGAGUCCCACGGCCCAGCAGAUGCAAUCCAGCGCUCUUGCUGCACCCUCAAACGGAGCCAACAAAAGUGCCCCAAGCAUGCUGGUGCCCAACCGCAAUAGCCACAACCUUGAUAUGUACAACCUUGGGGUGGGACUUUCAAGUGAUGCACAGGAGCAGAUGCGCAUGAUGCUGUGCCAGAAAGAAUCCAACUACAUCCGCCUAAAGCGUGCCAAAAUGGACAAAUCCAUGUUUGAAAAGAUCAAGACUUUGGGAAUCGGGGCGUUUGGAGAAGUGUGUUUGGCUCGGAAAGUGGACACGGGAGCACUGUAUGCCAUGAAGACCCUCCGUAAAAAAGAUGUACUGUUGCGGAACCAGGUGGCCCAUGUGAAAGCUGAGCGGGAUAUUCUCGCUGAAGCUGAUAAUGAGUGGGUUGUAAGGUUGUACUACUCAUUUCAGGAUAAAGAUAACUUGUAUUUUGUCAUGGACUACAUCCCUGGUGGGGACAUGAUGAGUCUUUUGAUCAGAAUGGGCAUUUUCCAAGAGGACUUGGCUCAAUUUUACAUCGCCGAGCUCACCUGUGCUGUGGAAAGUGUCCACAAAAUGGGUUUUAUCCAUCGAGACAUCAAACCUGACAACAUCCUAAUUGAUCGUGAUGGACACAUUAAACUGACAGACUUUGGCCUGUGCACUGGCUUCCGAUGGACUCACGACUCCAAAUACUACCAAAGUGGUGAUCACGUGCGUCAGGACAGUAUGGACUUUAGUAAGGAAUGGGAGGAUAGUGCUAAUUGUCGCUGUGGAGACCGACUGAAGCCACUGGAGCGCAGAGCCGCUAGACAACAUCAGCGCUGCUUGGCACACUCAUUGGUGGGCACUCCCAAUUACAUCGCACCUGAGGUUCUGCUGCGCACAGGUUACACCCAGCUCUGUGAUUGGUGGAGUGUGGGUGUUAUCCUCUAUGAGAUGGUAGUCGGUCAGCCUCCUUUUCUGGCAACAACUCCUCUUGAGACCCAGAUGAAGGUGAUAAACUGGCAGACGACCCUACACAUUCCCCUGCAGGCCAAGCUGAGUCCGGAGGCCACCGACCUGAUCCUGAAGCUCUGCCGUGGCCCGGAAGACCGGCUUGGGAAAAAUGGAGCUGAUGAGAUUAAAGCCCAUCCCUUCUUCAAAAGCAUCGACUUCUCCACAGAUCUGCGGCAGCAACACUAUGCGCCUUACAUCCCCAAAAUCACACACUGCACUGACACCUCCAACUUUGACCCCGUUGACCCCGACAAACUCUGGAGCGACGACGCUGACAGCAACCACAACGACACGCUCAACCGCUGGUUCAAGAACGGCAAGCACCCGGAGCACGCCUUCUACGAGUUCACCUUCCGCCGCUUCUUCGACGAUAACGGCCACCCGUACAGCUGUCCCAAGCCCAUCGAGUGCGAGGAUUAUGACGGGGAGGAGGACGAGCCCGUCAACCCGUCGAAGGGGUUCGGGCCAGAACAGGGGCGGGAUUUAGUGUAUGUUUAGUGUGUAAUCAAAAGAAACCAACCAGAAAUAGUUUUAUAUGAGCAGAAAUAAAGCAAGCCUGUAAUGUAGGACCAUUCAUAUCAGCAUUGUGAUUAUUUUCAUGACGAGUACAUUUCAAACCUCAAUUUCUCAUUACUGUAAUGCAAAC